GAAGAAGAAGACGAAUUAGAAGACGCAAAAUGUUGUUGUCGUGAUCAGCUGAUUGACUGAAAGUUCAAAGCUAAGCUAACAGUUAAUUCGUAUUAUCGUUAUUAUCUGGAGGAGAGCAACAUGGCGUUCAUUACCGCUAACUGGAACCCGCUGGGAGAAGCCUUUUAUCGUAAAACAGAGCUGUAUGAAAUGUGCUGGAACCUGAAGGAUGGACUUGGAGACAGUUUGGUGGCUGCAGCGCCGUAUGGAGGACCGAUAGCUCUCCUCAGAGAACCUCACAGACGUUCUCCGAGUUCUCGUCCUCAGUUAGAGAUGUAUUCUGCAUCUGGCGUCUCCGUGGCGAGCUUUGUGUGGAAGAGUGGUCCUGUGGUUCACCUCGGCUGGACGGUCAGUGACGAGCUGUUGUGUGUUCAGGAGGACGGGUCGGUUCUGAUCUACGACCUGUUCGGGUCCUUCAAGAGACACUUCAACAUGGGCCUGGAAGUGGUCCAGAGUCAGGUGUUGGAAGCCAAAGUGUUCCACUCUCCUUAUGGAACAGGUAUCGCCAUAGUGACAGGAUCUUCACGUUUCACCUUGGCGACCAACAUUGAUGACCUGAAGCUUCGCAGGUUACCAGAAGUCCCAGGUCUGCAGGGGAAACCGUCCAGUUGGGUCGUCCUCUCUCAGGACAGACAGACUAAAGUCCUGCUGUCCAUCGGACCUGAACUCUUCAUCUUGGACAACACAGCAUGCAGUGCUGUGGUCCCUCCGGGUCUCAGUCCUCAGGCUGGCAGUAUUAUCCAGAUGUGCGUGUCUUUCAGCUAUAAAUACCUGGCUCUCUUCACUGACACUGGACAUCUGUGGACAGGCUCUUCCCACCUCCAGGACAAACUGAGUGAAGUGGACACCAAAAAGUCAACACCGCCCAAACAGAUGGUGUGGUGUCGCAGACCAAGGAGUCAGCAGCCGUCUGUGGUUCUGAUGUGGGACAGACUGCUCCUGGUGGCAGGAAUCUGCCAGGACACAAUCCAGUUCCCUGUGGAGGACCAGUGUGUUCUUGUUGGAGAACUAGACGGAGUCCGAAUCAUCAGCUCCACCAAUCAGGAGCUUCUACAGGAGGUUCCUGUGGUCUGUCAAGAUAUCUUUAAAAUUGCUUCAAUGGCUCCUGGAGCUCUGCUGCUGGAGGCCCACAGAGAGUACGAGAAGUCAAGUCAGAAGGCAGAUGAGUACCUGAGGGAGAUCAAGGAGCAAAGCAUGCUGGGAGAAGCAGUGAGACAGUGUGUGGAAGCAGCAGGACAUGAGUAUGACUCCAACACCCAGAAGUCCCUGCUGAGGGCAGCGUCCUUCGGGAAGUGUUUCCUGACGGACUUUUCUCCCGAUCUUUUCGUCUCAACUUGCAGAGAACUGCGAGUUCUGAACGCUGUCAGAGAAAGCGAUGUGGGGCUGCCGCUCACACACACUCAAUUCAAACAGUUGACUCUACAGGUGCUGAUCGACAGGCUGGUGUACAGACAGUUUUAUCCGUUGGCGAUAGAGAUCUGUCGUUACCUGAAGAUUCCCGACUAUCAGGGUGUCAGCAGAGUGCUCAAACACUGGGCUUCAUGUAAGGUGCAGCAGAAGGACCUAUCAGAUGAUGCCAUAGCCCGAGCUGUGUGUGUGAAAGUGGGGGACUCACCGGGGGUUUCUUAUUCGCACAUCGCCGCCAAAGCGUACGACUGUGGACGCACAGAGCUGGCCAUCAAGCUGUUAGACUUCGAGGCGCGCUCAGGUGAACAGGUUCCUCUGCUGCUGAAGAUGAAGAGGAGUCAGUUGGCUCUCAGUAAAGCUGUGGAGAGUGGAGACACUGACCUGGUUUACACAGUGGUGACUUACCUGAAGAACGAAAUGAACAGAGGAGAUUUCUUCAUGACCCUGAGGAACCAACCGGUCGCUCUCAGCCUCUACAGACAGUUCUGUAAACUGCAGGAACAGGACACUCUGAAGGAUCUUUAUAAUCAGGAUGAUGAUCAUCAGGAACUCGCUAACUACUACGUUACUGCCAGUUACAGAGAGAAGAGGUUAGACAGCCGUCUGUCUGUCCUGCAGUCUGCUGUCGAUGAAUACAAUAAGGCGAAGAACGAGUUCUCUGCAAAGGCCACAGAAGAGGAGAUGCGCCUCCUUCGUUUCCAGCGAAAGCUAGACGAUGAGAAAGGGGCGGGGCUUUUAGGACUGUCUCUACAGGCCACCAUGGAGGCUCUGCUGGCUUCAGGACUCAACAAACAAGCAGAACAACUUUACAGAGACUUCAGAGUACCUGACAAAAGGUAUUGGUGGUUAAAACUGAAGUCCCUGGCAGAGAAGGAGGAGUGGGAGGAGUUAGAAAAGUUCUCAAAGAGCAAAAAGAGUCCUAUUGGUUACCUGGCCUUUGUUGAAGUCUGCAUGAAGAGUAACAACAAGAGCGAGGCUAAGAAGUAUGUUUCCAAGGUGACACCUGAGCAGAAGGUCAAAGCUCACCUGGCCAUCAGUGACCUCGAAGGGGCGGCAGAGGCUGCAAUCGAGCGCAAGAAUGACUCAGAGAUGGGGGCGGUGCUCUCCAGAUGCUCCUCCUCAGACCGCCUGUUGAUUGACAGGUUGAACCGUGCCAGAAUCUCCCUCGCCAAAAAGUGACCUUUAGGUUACUACAGUCUGUGUUUAAACCCCGCCUCCUGAGGGUCACAGUGACGUCAGCCUACCUGCAAACAUGAUGACGAGCCGAGAAGACGAGUUAGUGCGUCUUUGAGGUUUGUUGUUUACCUGUUUACAUCAUUUCCUGCUUUUGCUGCUUCACAAUAAAAGCUUUCCACCACAGAA